AUGACCAGUGAAGAGAUUAUUUUGGGAAUUUUCCGCAUUUUAGUGGGCCACACACAGUACAGCAGGUACAGUGCCACUAAGGAGCCUGUGGCUGAGAUUCAAACUCAGCUCAAAACCUCGGCAGCCUGCCUGAUUAGGGCAGAAAAGGGCUUGUUGCACCAAUCAGAGCAGCUCGGCAUCCCUCUUGUGCCGUUCGGAGGUGCAACCGUGCCAAAUUUCCGCACGGUUGCACCUCCGAACGGCAUCUGGGCGCUUGAUGGGCGCUUAAUGGUUGCUGUGGCCCCAUGUAAGUACACAUUCAGAGGAAUCAUACACAAACAGGGGCAUGUAGGGCUCAGAAAAAUGCAGAAAGUCUAUGAAAUAUACAGACACAUCAAAGACAAGUGUAUGAUUGCCCUGAGCUGCAAUGGUUACCAUUACAUUGCACUACAGUGUGUAGCUGUCGAUGAAGGUUUAGCACCAUCGACCCAAGACAUUAUCGCACGACUCAAGGAAGAGGACGCAGCCAAGUGUGACACCGAGAUGGAUAGACAAGGGGUGAAGCGGAAGGCGGCGGGUAUGGAAGACGAGGCAGGGGGAGUGACUGUUCGCAGGCAAGGUCUGGGCGACCUUCUCUUGGAUGUGAUUGCACUGGAACGUCUACAGGAAACCUUAAAGAGGAAGGUGCGAGAAUACGAGAAGGAGCUGUCAUCCGAGAUGUACAACGAGAUCGACAACGAACGGGACAAGCUCCAUACCAAGCAGCAAGAUUGGCUGAUGUGGCAAGCCCAAGUGAUGGGCGCGACAUUGCUAAUCCUGGAGGAGGAACUCUGCGACUGUGAGUGGCCGACUCGUGCAACAACGGAUGCGGAAAAUGUCGUUUUAUUGGUCCCAUCCACGUACCCCCAACCUGUUUGCAAGCACACCCUUUUCCAAAGUUUCGUUUCGGCAGAGUGGCACCUCCGCAAUGCUCAUGCCAAAGACCUCCUGAAGAAAAUCCGGCAGAAGCUUCAUUUUGAAGUGUUCUUUUGCGCGCAAAACACGGGCUUGUAUGGCAGCAAGCCCACACCAGGACAAGGGUCGUUCGACUGGCCUCGGCGGAUAAUCCUUGCUCAUUGGAACCUCUCACAGAGCAGCAGUGUCGCCCGCCAGUCAUUGCUGAUGAGAACACAGGUUGCCAAAAUGAGCGUGUCUCAUGGCUUUGGCGGGACAACACAUACCACGGCGCUGGACGUUGGACAAGUGGGCGCUAGAAGGCUACCUGUUGGGGCCCCAGUAGGUAGCAAUGGAGGGAUGCGGACAAUAUUAGUGGAUGAGGAGUGGGGGGCAAACCUAGCCCACACCCUACAUCGCCGAGGAUGGCUUGCAUGUCGGCCACAAUCCUGGCCAUAUGUGUCCUAUAUCUUGCCCCUGCAACCUCCCGAUGAAGACUUGUAUGAACACGUCCACUACACAGCCAGGAUCUCCACGCCAAUCCAAAACAAUCAGUCAUACACACUUGGGAACACCAUGACCCCGGUUACUCCAACCAUGGAGUCGCCGCAUCUGCCUACACCCACUGUACCAUCACACAGGAACCACCCCAUCAUGGACUACCUCCCCCACCCCAAAGACAUCGCGGCCAACCCACCUGCGACUGCAAAUGUGAGGAAGCCAGCUUCCAAAUUUGGAUUGUCCACAGUGGGCUCUGCACUCCAAGCGACAGCCUCUUUGUUGCAGGCCUCGAGCUCUCACGGACAGCUGAUCCAACACAGGUGCAGGUGCCCGAAGAAACAUCUGCUGCCCACCCGCACCUCCCCACCUCCGCCCGUCAACUACCCCUACCCACCGCCCAAUGUGCUGGUGCAGCUCCCACCUGGCCCUGCCUUGGUCGCCAUGUAUGACAUCUGGCCACAGCAGCACUGGAUGGACUCACUGACCGAGCAGCCGUCCGAGCUCGCCAGUGCAUCUGUGGACGCACACAUCUGGAAAAGCUUCAUUUGA